ACGCUCUCUCUCUCUCUCUGUAAGUUUUUCCCGGCGACUCCUAUUGUUGUUUUAGAAAAUUAAUCUCCCAAGAUUGUAUCAGCUCUGCCCUUUUCAGCUAGUAAUGGCCAUAAGGCUGCAGUUUGAGAAUUCUUGUGAUAUUGGAGUUUAUUCCAAGCUCACCAAUGCAUACUGCUUAGUUGGAAUUGGGGGUUCUCAAAACUUCUACAGUACAUUUGAGGAUGAGUUAGCACAUAUUCGAGGCUUUCAAGUGAUUCAAACAACUAUUAACGGAAGCUGGUCGGUUGGAAGACUUUGUGCUGGAAAUAAAAAUGGGCUUCUCUUGCCUUAUACCACUACACCUCAAGAACUUCAGCACUUGAGAAAUAGUCUGCCCGAUUCUGUUGAGGUACAAUGCAUCGACGAGACACAUUCUGCCUUGGGAAACUGCAUAGCAUGCAAUGAUCAUAUUGCUCUUAUACAUCCUUCUCUUGACAAGGACACUGAAGAGAUGAUUGCUGAUGUUCUUGGUGUUGAAGUUUUAAGGCAUACGAUAGCUGGGAACGUUCUUGUUGGCAGCUAUUGUUCUUUAUCCAACAAAGGGGUCUUGGUCCAUCCUUGUACGUCCAUUGAAGAUUUGAAUGAACUGGACACUCUUCUUCAUUUACCUAUUGCUGCUGGAACUGUGAAUAGGGGUAGUAAUGUGAUUGCUGCUGGAUUGACCGUUAAUGACUGGACAGCGUUUUGUGGCUCAGACACUACAGCAACAGAGUUGGCUGUUAUUGACACCGUAUUCGGUUUGAGAGAUGCUCAACCAAGUGCUAUUGGUUGUUGAAAUAAAGAAAUCAUGAUCGACAAUAGUUACAUCUGUGAGUUUUGUGGUUUAUGCUGCAUGUUCUUUUAGAGUGUUUCUAUUGUUACGAGUUUGAGCUGCUCUUCUUAAUUUUACUUGUGAUGAAUGCACAAAUUUUGAUCUGUUGCUAAAAUGUUAACUAUGUUCUCCUAUUUUUAAGUGCUUAUUUAAGUUGGUUUUGUGUUCA